AUGGAUGCCUACUCUAAGGGUAAGUGGAACCUGUCGUCUGUUCCAUGUCCCAGUUGUUUUGGAGGCACCACAUUUCUCUCACCUCCAGAAGCUUACAAUGAGUCUCAACGGUUGCGUGCUGUUGAUUCGGUCAUGAACCUUCCACAAUGGGACGAGACAGCCUUCUUCGAUAACGUCCUGAAAUCGGCCAUGAGAAACUUCGAUUGUAAUGGGGCCUCGAUCAGUUUGAUUCAUGACACAAAGCAGAUAGUCAAGCACCAGAAGUCGCUGGGGUUUCAGGAAUGCCCAAGAAGAUUCUCUAUCGACGCUCAUGGUAUUCUGUCGGUCGAUUUCUUGGUUUUGCUCGAUGCCUCUAAGGAUUGGAGAACUUCCUCGAGUCCUUUCGUUAAGGGAGUUCCCCACAUCAAGUUCUAUGCUUCUGUACCAUUGGUUCUGAAAGACGGAUCAGCCAUAGGUUGUUUUUCGGUCUUUGACGUGUAUUGCAGAGACAAGAUCGACGAGUCUCACAUCUUGAACCUGAAGAAAAUGGCCGAGGAUGUCGUGGCCCUGCUGCAAAUGACCUAUGCCAAGGAUGUCAGUCUGGUCCAACAGAAGCCCUCGUUGUUGAGGCAACUGGGCAGAGCCACCGGUGGAAACAUUCGCUCUUCAAGCGUGAUUUUUGAGAAAGAUGGCUCGGGAAACGCAUACUCACAAUCCAGCAAGUUCAGGGUAUCAGACAGUUCUUCUGCGUACAGGGACGUAGAUCCUUAUGUUUGGAAAUCACUCACCGGAAACACCAAUAUCAAAACCGCAGCCGCAACAGUGAGCAGGCUGAUAGCCGAGAAGUGCAGACUGGAUCUGGUGUAUGUUGCAGAGAUCAGGGUAUCCGAACUGUUCCAGAUCCAAUCAGGUCUGUUUCCAGCACAAAACCAAGUGGAAACCGACACCUUCAAGAGUCUCCACGAGCUGCAGCGUAUUGGGGAAGAGAGCGUGAACAUGAGGAUCAUAGGAAUAUACGGUGCUGAGAAUCUUGACCCGGUGAAGCUGGAUCCCAGUCUCCACUAUAAGGCAUUGCGGUCGGAAUUUGGAGUGCUGUAUUCCACCAGAGAAACCACACCAGUCUUCAAGACUGGAAUGUUGAUGCCAUUCUUCAGAUACACCUCUCGUCUCGUCCGCAAGAAGAGGAUAUCCAAGAACCACCAGACUAACACUAGAACCCCGAUCGAUCUCUUUCACAGAUCCGGGGGGUAUUUGGUCGUUGCUUUCAACGCCUUGCCAAGAUCAUACACAGAGCAGGAGGUGACAUAUGUGUUCAGUGCUGUCUCAGUAUUGAGAAGGAUGUUCCUCAUGAAGUGA